UAGGGGCAGGUUCUCUCCUACUUGUUUCAGAUACUUAUUUUAUUUUUUAAUAAAUUUAGAUCAGAUCAGAGAUAUUCAGAUCAAAUUAGAACUUUUAAUUAUAAUUUACUUAUCACUAAAUAUCGUUAAUUGCGUAUUACAAAAAAUUAUGAAAAUUACAUAUUUGAAAAGUUCAUAAUGAGACGAAUAUAACAAGAUCUAUUUUAAUGAUGUUUUUCUUUAUAGAUUAGUAUAAAAAUGCGGUCAAAGUUUAGUCAAAUUAUUAGAUUAGAUCAGAUCAGUUAAUAAAAAUUCAGAUAAGACCUCAGACCUUAUAAAAAUCAGACCAAAUCUCCUUGUUUUAGGUGAAGAGAACAAGUCCUAGGAAUUCAAUUGCUUUUAAACGCGGCGUUUACUUGUUUUAAGGGAGGAUUUUUUUUUCUUACAAAGAGACACAUAAGUUUGGAUAAAAGGGUGGUUCUUAAUACAGCUGCACACAAGACAAAAAAUUCAGUAGGUCCAAUUGAUAAAAGUUUCAACGAAUGUACAUUUGUACUCUUUAAGUCUUUAAAAUAGAAUAGAUAUGUCAAAAUGGUUGAAAGGGUCUGAGUCAAUAAGCUUGCUUUGAUUAAAAUUGUAUAGUCGAUACAAAGCAUUUGUGAUACAAAUUUUUUGUGAAAUUUGACAUCUUCAUUUCAUUUGUGUUACUACGUAUGUUUUUUAUUAUGUUUGUUAUUAUACGGAGUUGAUUUAGACUCUUAAGUUAUAUUAAUAGCAUAUUUAACUAGUCAAACUCACUCGAAUUAGUUUAUGAGUUUAAUUUCUAUUUGGUUUGACCUAGGUUUGGGCAAAUAAGGUUCUCGUGUUAGUUGGUUUUUAACUCAAAAAAUCUAAUUGAGAUGUUUUGACAAAUAAUCUUUCCAUUUGUUAAGAUUUGAGGGCAAAUAUCACUAAUAUUGAUGAGACAGUUGCAAAAGUGUAAUAAUAUGCUCAAUUGACUUACUAUCAUCAUUAUAGUGAUUACACUAUAUACUUUUUUUAUUAAAUAAAAAAAUUUUGUUAUCCCUUUAAAGUUUGAAAUAGAGGGAUCAUCAAUAACUUGAUCCACUGCCUCAACCUGACUCAACCCGGAAAAAGUAUGAGUUUAUGCAAAACGCAUUUUUAAUUAUAAACCCGAGCAAACCAAUAAUAAGCAUACACAAGUUUUUUUUAAUUCGGGGUACUCAAGAUCCUUGACAGAUGGGUUGCAAACUAGCAUUUGCCAGAUUGCUAGGUGAUCCAAAACAAGAAGAACCAAGAAGCCCAUUACUAUCUUGUCGUACUCUUAAGUCCUAGCUAGAGUAGACCCCAAUACACAACACUAUUUCCUUCAUAAACUGGGCUCCAAAGUUUCCAAUCUCGAGGACAAUAAAGGGCAUCAUAUCUCAACCCUUUAAUCUGGCAAUAAAGAACAAAAGCUCAUCUCAAUUUCAAAAAGCACAUCAAAUCCAAUUAUACUUGGACUUUUUAUUCCCAAACACAAACCUUUUACACAUUACCUAAGCUUCUAUUCUCAUGCACCCAAAAAGCUCCUCAUAACACAUUAACACCCCAUUUUUAUUCCACAACAAAAUCAAAUCCUUUCAAACAUCUUACCAAUAAUAAAAUGGCCUUAAGCAACAAUGUCAUAGGAGCCAUAAACUUCCUAGGCAUACUCCUUGCAAUACCGAUUAUCGGUACCGGUAUAUGGCUAGCUAGUGAUCCUGAAAAUUCAUGUAUCAAGAUUUUACAAUGGCCGGUUAUUAUUAUAGGUGCAUUGACCUUAAUUGUUGCCCUAGCCGGUUUCGUUGGCGGGUUUUGGCGUAACGCUCCUUUACUUAUUUUUUACCUUAUUGGUAUGCUUAUUAUGAUUAUUUUGUUAGCUUCUUUGGUUGUUUUUGUGUUCAUGGUUACCUCUAGAGGGUCCGGUCACCCGGCCCCUAGCCGGGCUUACUUAGAGUAUCGCAUCGAUAGUUUUUCCGGUUUUCUUCGACGGAGAGUCCAUGGACCGUUUAAAUGGGCCGUGAUUAAGAAUUGUUUAAGCUCUACUAGCGUUUGUCCUGAGUUGAACCAAACUUAUACCACGGCUCAAGAUUUCUUCAAUGCUCCUCUUUCUCCUAUACAGACAGGAUGUUGCAAGCCACCAACAGCAUGUGGUUACACAUUCAUAAACCCAACAUUUUGGAUAAGCCCAAUUGACACUGCUGCUGACAUGGAUUGCUUAGCAUGGAACAAUGACCAAACCCAACUUUGCUACUCUUGUGAAUCUUGUAAAGCUGGUUUACUUGCUAGUAUUGCAAGGCAAUGGAGGAAGGCUAAUAUCAUCUUAAUCGUUACACUAUUCGCGCUUAUUUGUGUUUAUCUUAUUGGUUGUUGUGCUUUUAGGAAUGCCAAAACAGAAGAGAUUUUCCGAAAAUAUAAGCAAGGUUAUACAUAGUAAGAUAUGUGACCUAAACCUUUGCUUUAUAUUAAGAUUAAUUGGACAUAUUAUGUUUAGUUUAAGCUACAUCAUGGUUUGUUUGAUAUGGUUUUCUUGUAAUUUCAUUCAAAUUUGUAAUUUUAAUUGUAUUUGUUUUAGAUUUGC